AGAUGGAGGUUUGUGUGUCCGGUUGUGUGUUCUCAUCGCUGGUCUACGAAAUAGAGAAUAGCACAGGAGAUGUUGAGGGGCUCCUAUUAGGCCAAAUUACGAGCCGCAUCACCAACACAAUCACAGAUUCACAAUCCGAAAACUUGACACACGAGCGAGUUGCAACGAUUCAAGGGUUUGUUCCUUUUGGCAAAGUUCAUAGUUUUUACACUAAUGUUGGGCACAUAAUAGAGGAUGCCAUAUCUGAAGAACUUAAUGAUAAUGAAAAGAGUGAAAAAGUCAUCGGUUGGUUUUCAUUUCGACGUAAUACUCAAGGCCAAGUGUCCAUGAGGGAAAGAUAUAUCCAUCACAAUCUUAUUGCAAAGUUCAGCUAUACCCCUUCCAAAGAAUUCCUUUUAGCAAUCUUUACAUCGCACAUGUCCAGGGAUCUUUCCUCACACAAAUUUGAGUACUGCUUUUGUCGUUCUGCUGACAGAGAAGGGGUUUUUGAACCAGUUCAAGUACAGAUAUUAAACCUUGGAGAUACAUCACAUUCUGAGUAUAGACUUAACUGUCACUCUGCACAAGCUACAUCUAGUCUUUUUCAUGAAGUGAUCGACUCUUACAGGAAUGAGUUUGUUGAUGACAAAGGAUGUAUACAACAGUCCUCCAACAUGCACGGCAUGUACAUUACCAUGAUGAAAAGGCUACAGGAUUUAGUUGAAGUUGUAAAAGUUAGUGAAACCACUGUGUCUUCAUUGAAUGAGGAAAUAGAAAAUAGAAGACAGGAACUGGAAGCAUGUCGUAUGGAACUUUCUAGGAAAAAUGCGUCCAAUGAAGUGGAUGAAAAACGGCCUCUCCAGCCUAAUUCUCUUUUAAGUGAAUCCAAGCAGGAGAAAGAAGAAGCAAAAAUAACUUUUGAAACACAUGGGUCAGAUUUGCCUGGUGAUGAUAACAAUACUAAAGGUUCUGUUGUCACUAGUGAUAAUGAAUUGGGAGAGAAAAACGACCAAGGAAUUUCUGAGGAAAGUACAGAUGCCGCUUCAGAAGAAGCACCAAAGGCGGACUCUCCCAGUUUGAACAGAAGGCGGAAACAAAAAACCCCUGCUAGAGUUGUUGUUCGUUAUGUUAAGCCAGUAGUGGCUAACGAUGAUGAUGUCACAGAUGAUGAGACACAGCCAUAUUCAAUUGAGGAUAAAAUUACAGGAAGUGGACAAGACUAUGAAGAAAAACUUUCUCAGAAUCUUGCAAUGGAGACAUCAUCACCAGUUUUCUGAUAGUAGAGAAGCUAUUUUAAAGAUUCUUAUGUUAUAUUAAAAGUUUUGACACGUUAACAUCUUGCAACACAUCUCCCAGUCAAAGUUUAGAAAAGUUGUAAAGAAUUAGGCCUUUGUUAACAUUAUUAUUCUGAAGUCACUGAGAGAUUGCUACAAACUGUAUUCUUAUGAUGUCCUUAAAGUUCACUUAGGUUUCAAAAUAAGCUAUAUUUACAAGGCAAAAAGUAAAGAGUUUUAACUUUUUAAAUAUACUUUUACCUUGGAAACAGCUAGUUUUUUUCUAUAUUCUUGAGUUAUGGUACAAAGGUAAAACUUGCUUACUCCUGGUUGGAUGUGUUUCUAGAAACUUUUUCUUUCAUCAAAAAUUGUGUUUAAGAAAUUCAAGUCUGCAGUGUUGUUGCAGAUUAAUAGCUAUUAUCAACAACAAUGCGGUCAAAUGUGGCAUUUCAGACUUGGUAAAACUAGUACACUAAAAACAAGCUUUUUUUUUUUUUUUUUAAACUGAUCAAUCAGAAAAUGAUGGGGAACCUGAUUGUGAAUAAAUUGAUGACAUUCAUGUAUGUUAGAACAUGCAUAAUAUACAAAGAAUAGAUGUUUUGCAUGCAAGAUUGAACCACUCACCCGGAAUGAAAGCACAUCUACUUCAUUGGCUCUUUUACCAUGUUGAAAUAGGUUUCAUUGUGGUUCCCCAAGGAACUUUGUUUUAUAUUGAUAGUAAGCCCAUAAUAGGAACAAGUUGGUAGUGCGGUGCAAGAUUGACUUCAAAGUUAAAAAUAGUAGAACUAUGUCAUCUUGAUGUUUGCUGUUUCUUUUGAUUGGUGGGCUUUUGUCCAAUUAGUUAAACUUAUAAGCAUCAUUGUAGUCAAAACCUUUGCUCAGCAAACCCCAGCUGAAGGAGUAGCAAGUAGUCGGUCUACAUAGUUAGGUAAGGAACUCAAGUCUCAUAAUUAUACAGUCUUAUUUUUGUACUUCUCUGUCAAAGUAAAUUUGAAUGAGACACUUAAUGCUAACUGUGGGUUCAACUAUCACACCAGUGCUAGCAUUACAGGUCUGAGGUUACAUUACUCUCAUUGUUAACUUUACACAUUUUUACACGAGAAAGACCAUCAAAGUCCUGGUUUUAUUUAAGGCUCUAAGGAUUCACACCUCCAAGAAGAAAAUAAUUUCACCUGUGAUCUGUUUAUUAAACCUAAAUAGUGAAUCAAAUGAAAAUUAAAAUCUGAAACAUUUCACUAAACCUGUUUAUCUUGUUCUAAGAGCACUGAAGUGUGGUAAUUGAAAGUUGCAAAAUUCCAAACAGGAUAAACAGUUUCUAUUCAUAACCUGGCUAUUGUUUUGAUAACAUUCCUUAUUUUGUAUUAGUCAUUUUUUGGCAGAGUUUCAUUCAAUAAUUGACAUAGCUUUCCAGAGAGCAGCUCAGUUUAAACAGUCAUAAUACAUGAGUAACCUUAAUUUAACUUUUGAAGAAAUGGUUACCGUAUAAUAUUAUUAACAUGGCUGAUAUCCACGUCAUAACAAUGCAAUUCUUCAGCUUUUGCAAAUAAGAGAUUGUUUAAUAUUAAAACUUGUAUAAUGAACUGUUGGUCUUUUUAUAAAUACAGAUUUACUACUUAUGGAGGAAAGACAUUUUAAAUUUUGCAUGUUUUAUGUAGUGAAUACAGACUGGUCACACAUUCUCUGUAUAUUGCAACACUAGAACAAAGCUGAAUAUAUUAUCUAUUAAAAAUGAAUUGAAAAACA